AUGGCGCGUCGGUCGCCGGCGGGGUUCGCGGCCCGGGGGCGGGACUUCCGGCAUCUUUCUCCAAGCGUCCAUCUUUGCUGGUUGGUCGGAGUGGAAUCUGGCGCCAGCCGCUGUGUCCGUUUCCAGGGACCGUCAGGACUGGGCUUUAGGGAAGGUCGAGUGGGGAGAGGACGUUGUGGCUGCGGAGGGGACGGCACGGAGGUGGAAGGGGGUCGUGGGCACCGGAGACUCACACGCUCCCGGGAGGCUGAUACUGAGCCAGGCCAGAGGUAUAGAGGAGGCCUCCAGAGCAGCAUCUCCCCAAGGGCGCAGCUGUGGGCGUGCAGCUGGGCAGUGACGGCCAGUGUGACUUUUGGGGACGUUGCUGUGCACUUCUCCUGGGAGGAGUGGAGGCUGCUUGAUGAGGCUCAGAGACGCCUGUACCUGCGUGUAAUGCUGGAGAACUUUGCACUUAUAUCCUCUCUGGGUUGCUGCUGUGGAGCAGACAAUGUGGAAGACACCAUUGAACAGAGCGUUUCUGUUGGAGUGUCAGAGGCAAAGAAUCCCAAGGCAGCUUUGUCUUCACGGAAGAGACACCCAUGUGAGAGUUGUGGCCCAGUCUUAAGAGACAUUUUCCAUUUGGUUGAGCAGCGGGGAACACAACAUAGCCAGAAACUGCUGAGGUGUGGGGCAUGUGCAAAACGAUUUUAUUUCAGUGUGAACUGUCACCAGCACCAGGAGGAGCACAUGAGAGAGAAACCCUUCAGAAGUAGUGUGGAUGGGUCUUCAUUUGUGAGCAGCUCCAGCAUCCACAUAUCCGGGAACAGCUUUACCUGUGAGCAGGGUGAGAAGAACUUCCUGUCCAGCUUGGGACAUCAGCAGCAACAGGACACUCAUAAAGUGAAGGAGCCAAACAAAGGCACCCAAUGGGAAGCAACUUUACAAAGCAGAAAAAGUCUUUACACUUCAGGAGAAUACAAGAAAGCAUUUAACCCCCAACACAUACUUGUUCAGGACCAGGAUGUCCAUAUUGGGAGACAGUGUUUUGUGUCCAGUGAAUGUGAAAAGACAUUCAAGUAUAAAUCCUCAUUUGUUAGGCACUGCACAGUCCACACUGGAAAAAGUUUUCAUGUGUGUGGCAAAAGUGGAAAAUUCUUUAGUGGAAGCUCAACUGUCAGUCAGCAUAGAAAAAUUAAUACAGGAGCAAAGCAGUACAAGUGCAGCAGAUGUGGAAAAUCCUUAAGCCAGAAACAUGCCUUUAUCUAUCCCCGGGAACGGCACAGUGGAGAAAACAGUUACAUGUGCAGUGAAUGUACACAAUCUUUUAGUCAUAGCUCAGUGUUCAUUCGAUAUCAGAGAGUUCAAGCUGGAGAAAAGCCUUAUAAGUGUAAUUACUGUGCCAAGUCGUUUACCUCUGUUGCUGGCCUCAUUUAUCAUCAGAGCUCUCACAGAGGAGAUAGGCCUUAUGUGUGCAGUGAAUGUGGGAAAUCUUAUGUCACUCGUAGAGCCCUUCGUUAUCAUCAUAGAAUUCACACUGGAGAAAGGUCUUAUGAGUGCAAUGAGUGUGGGAAAUCCUUUAACAAUAAGUGGAAACUUGUUCGACACCAGAGAAUUCACACAGGAGAUGGGCCUUAUGUGUGCAGUGAAUGUGGGAAAUCUUAUAUUACUCGUAGGGCCUUUCAUUAUCAUCUUAGAGUUCACACUGGAGAAAGGUCUUAUGACUGCAAUGAGUGUGGGAAAUCCUUUAACAAUAAGUGGAAACUUGUUCGACACCAGAGAAUUCACACAGGAGAAAAGCCUUUUGUGUGCAGUACAUGUGGCAAGUCUUUUACCAAUAGCUUCACCCUUCGGUAUCAUGAGCAAGGCCACCUGGGUAAAAGGCCUUAUGAGUGCAGUGAAUGUCAGAAAUCUUUUACCACUAGCUCUGGCCUUCGUUAUCAUCUCAGUAUUCACACAGGAACCAGACCUUAUAAAUGCAGUGAAUGUGGGAAAUCUUUUAUCUGUCGAUCUACCUUCCACUCUCAUCAGAAAACUCAUUCAGGAGAAAAGCCUUAUGAGUGCAGUGACUGUGGGAAAUCUUUUACCCGUAGAAGUAGCCUCCUUUAUCAUCAGAGACUUCACACUGGAGAAAGACCUUAUGAGUGCAGUGAAUGUGGGAAAUCUUUUACCAGGAUCUAUGCCCUUCAUUGUCAUAAGAGAGUUCACACUGGAGAAAGGCCUUAUGAGUGCAGUGAAUGUGGAAAGUCUUUUGCCACAAGCAGUAGCCUCGCAAAACAUCGAAGAGUGCAUCCUGGAGAAAGUCCUUAUGACUGCAGUGAAAUCGGGAAAUCAUUUGCCAGUAGUGAUAUUUUCUGUUAUCACCAGGGAGUUCACACAGUAGAAAAGCCUUUCAAGUGCAACCAGUGUGGAAAGGCUUUUGCCUCUGGUUCCUCCCUCCGUUAUCAUCAAAGAAUUCACACGGGCGAAAGGCCUUAUGAGUGCAAUGAAUGUGGGAAAACUUUUAUCUAUAGUUCCAAACUUCGUUAUCAUCAGCGAGUUCACACCGGUGAAAAACCUUUUAAGUGCAGUGAGUGUGGGAAAUCUUUUAUCUAUAGUUCCAAACUUCGUUAUCAUCAGCGAGUUCACACUGGUGAAAAACCUUAUAAGUGCAGUGAAUGUGGGAAAUCUUUUAUCUACAGCUCCAUAUUUCGUUACCAUCAGAGAGUUCAUGCUGGCGAAAGGCCUUAUAAGUGCAGUGAAUGUGGGAAAUCUUUUAUCAGUAGUUCCAAACUUCGUUAUCAUCAACGAGUUCACACUGGACAAAGUGCUGGGAAUGAGCAAUUUUCUGUUCAGUGUAACAACAUUUGAGGAAACAUGUUGAGGAGCCCAUUGUCUGAAUUGAAAUUCUUACAUCUAAAUAUGCACAGUGGGGAGAUUCCCUGUAAGUUUUAUUUAUGUAGGAAGCGUGUGUAAGUAUGUUGCACCUUCUGACUUACCCAAGGCUCCUCCUAGGUUAUGGUGCUGCUAGAUUCUGAGGCUAUAUUCCUUUCACCUUUACCACCUGGCAGGUACACAGACUUUGUGUCAACACCCUAAUGUGCUCUGGGAAGCUGACCUUUGUUCGAACGUAUAUUGUAGCUAGAUAGAAAUGAAUAGAACCCUUAAUGGGUCAGCUUUUCUAUUAUGACUAAUUUGGACAUAGACCUGGGUCCAUGUGUUGGCCCUGACAAUAUGAAUUGCAGCUUGCAGAGAAAUGACUAUGUGUUCCAAGGACGUGUUCAUCUAAAGUGAUGCCUGUGAUGAGAUAUUCCAGCUUCCAGUUCAUGAACUUGG